AUGGAGGAGCAUCGCUUUGUCACCGGUGGAGCCCCUGCUGUGGUAGCAGCUGGGACAGCCCUUCAGGCAGCACCAGCAGGGAGGCUGGAGGAGGCCACAGAGGACACGCAGGAGCUGGACUGUGAGCGGGAUUGGUACUACAGGUACUAUAGGUACUUCAGGCAAGGGGCUGGGACCAGGCCCUUGGAGGAGCAGCUACUCCGCUGCUGCCAGGCACAGGCAGCACAGACGGUGCAGGCAGCACAGACGGUGCAGACAGCGCAGGCAGCACAGGCAGUGCAGGCAGCGCAGACGGUGCAGGCAGUGCAGGCGGUGCAGGCAGUGCAGGCAGUGCAGGCAGCACAGGCAGGGGCCCUGCUGCAGGCGCAGUGGGAGGAGGAAGAGCUGGCUGGCCAGGGAGCGCUGCGGCCGCUCUCCGUGCCCUUCCCCUUCUUCGGCGCGGGGCACACCGGCCUCUACGUGAACAACAACGGGAUCAUCUCAUUCCUGAAGGAGGUCUCCCAGUUCACACCAGUGGCCUUCCCCAUCUCCAAGGACCGGCGCGUGGUGGCCGCUUUCUGGGCAGAUGUGGAUAACCGGAGGGCGGGCGAUGUGUAUUACCGGGAGAGCACCGAGCAGCCCAUCUUGGAGAGGGCAAGCAGGGACAUCGCACAGUAUUUCCCUGAGUUCCCAGGGUUUGCCGCACAGUGGGUCUUCAUCGCCACUUGGUACCGAGUGACCUUCUUCGGGGGCAGUUCGUUUUCGCCUGUGAACACUUUCCAGAUCGUCCUCAUCACAGACGGCAAGCUCUCCUUCACCAUCUUCAACUAUGAGUCCAUCACCUGGACCACGGGUAUGCACGCCAGCAGUGGGGGGGACUUUGCUGGGCUCGGCGGCAUCGCGGCGCAGGCAGGUUUUAAUGCCGGUGAUGGAAAGCGCUACUUCAACAUCCCUGGAUCCCGCACUGAUGACAUCGCUGACGUGGAGAUGACGACAAAUGUGGGUAUCCCCGGGCGCUGGGUGUUCAGAAUCGAUGAUGCCCAGGUGCAAGUGGGGGGCUGCAGCAAUACAACCUCUGUCUGCCUGACGCUGCGGCCCUGCCUGAAUGGGGGGAAGUGUAUCGAGGACUGCAUCACGGGGAACCCCUCCUACACCUGCUCCUGCCUGGCCGGCUUUACUGGGAAGAGGUGCCAUGUUGAUGUGGACGAGUGUCAAGAGUCACCGUGUGAGAGCAGGGUGUGCCAGAACGGUGGGAGGUGCCAGGCAGCGAACGAGACAGCAACGUGCUUGUGCCAGCUGGGGUACACAGGGGCGGACUGCCAGACAGAGGUGGAUGAGUGUGAGUCCAGCCCGUGCCUGAACGGCGGGCAUUGCGUUGACCAGGUCGGUAACUACACCUGUGUGUGCCUGGAGCCCUUCGUGGGACAGCGCUGCGAGACAGACUCAUCUUCAUGUGAGGACCGGAGCUGCCGGAAUCGGCAGACGUGCAACUACAUCCGCCCUGGCCGCUACAUCUGCACCUGCUCCCCAGGUUAUUACGGCAACAACUGCCAGUAUGGUGGCCCCCGCCUGCCCGGCGCUUGCCUCUCCCACCCGUGCCAGAACGCGGGCAGCUGCCUGGAGACAGAGCAGGGCUACGUCUGCGAGUGCCAGGAGGGCUACACCGGGCAGGACUGUCGAGACAAGCUCUCGGAGGGCUGCGAGUGUCGCAAUGGGGGCAGUUGUCUGGAGGGGAACGUCACCAUCUGCCAGUGCCCACCUGGGUUUUUUGGUCUCCUCUGUGAAUUCGAAGUCACUACCACGCCGUGCAACAUGAACACGCAGUGCCCGGAUGGUGGGUACUGCAUGGAGUAUGGCGGGAGCUACCUCUGUGUCUGCCACACUGACUACGGCACCAACCAUAUGGUGCCUGUGUUUGGCUUUGCAGCGAUGCCAUCCCCCUGCGACUCAGAGCCCUGCCUGAAUGGGGGGUCCUGCGAGGUUCACGAUGACUCGUACACCUGCGAGUGUCCUCAAGGCUUCCUUGGCAAGCACUGCGAGAAAGGUACCCACACGGAGCUCCCCACCAGCCCCAGGACCUGGCGGGGGGUGAGAAAAGAGCUUAGAGGCGGCAGUCAUCCCGCUUGCUGCUCAGCUCCCGCCUGCCCUCUGCCCCCAGGUAAGCCGGACCCCUGUGCCCCAGGGCCCUGCCAGAACGGGGGCACCUGCUUCCACUACAUUGGCAAGUACAAGUGUGACUGUCCCCCGGGCUACGCCGGCCGGCACUGCGAGAUCGUGCCCUCCCCGUGCUUCCUCAGCCCCUGUGAGAAUGGCGCUACCUGCGAGGACCUCGAUGGGGGCUACGCUUGCACGUGCCCCAUGGGCUACGUGGGGAAGCACUGCCAGUCUGAGGUUGACUGCGGCAUCCCCAGCGAGGUGAAGCACGCCCAGGCCUUGUUCAACUCCACCAAGGUGGGCUCACUGGCUGAAUACCAGUGUGAACGGGGCUACAUCCUCAGCCAGCACAACCACCCCCGUGUCUGCCGCUUGCCAGGCAUCUGGAGUGACCCUCCCGAGUGUGAUGAGAUUGACGAGUGCCAGUCCCAGCCCUGCCUGAAUGGUGGCAGAUGCAAGGACCGCAUUGCUGAGUUCCUGUGCCUCUGUGAGCCGGGUUACACUGGCCACCACUGCGAGUCGGAUGUCAACGAGUGCCAGUCGGAGCCUGAGCCAGAAUUGCUGCCACCAACCUCAUUAAAGGUGGAAAGGGUGGAGGACACUGGUGUGUUGAUUUCUUGGCACCCACCUGAGGACGCAGCUGCCAGGCAACUCAUUGACGGCUACGCCGUGACGUACGUAUCCCUCGACGGCUCUUACCGCAGGACAGAUUUUGUGGACCGAAGUCGUUCUGCCCACCAAUUGCGGGCACUAGCCCCCGGCAGAGCCUACAAUAUUUCUGUCUUUUCAGUCAAACGCAACGUGAACAACAAGAAUGAUAUCAGCAGGCCUGUCAUGCUCACCACGCGCACUAGACCGCGCCCGGUGGAAGGCUUUGAGAUCAUGAAUGUGACGGCCAGCGCCAUCACGGUGCAAUGGGCUCUCCACCGGCUCAAACACUCCACUGUCAGUAGGGUGCGUGUCUCCAUCCGCCAGCCGGGGGACCUGGCAGACCGCACAGUGGAGCUGAACAGCAGCGUGGCCAAGUACACCUUCCUGGACCUGCAGCCAGGAGAGAUACAUUGUCCCCAUGUCACGACACUGAGCGGCCUGGGGACAGAAGACCACCCCUCGGAGAGUCUGGCCACGGCCCCCUUCCAUGUGUGGACAAGGCCUCUCCCCCCACAAAACCUCACUGCCUCCCGCAUCACCUCCACCUCUGUGUCCAUGGCAUGGGAGCAGCCACCUGCUGGCGCUGUGGAGGGGUACAUCAUCAACGUCACCACUGCUCAAAGUGUGAAGAGCCGCUACGUGCCCAACGGGAAGCUUGUGUCCUACACGGUGCGGGACCUGCUCCCUGGGCAGCGGUACCGUCUGUCUGUCACGGCUGUGCAGAACACGGAACAAGGCCAAGUGCACAGCGAGCCCAUCCACCUCUACGUCACCACCUUGCAGAGGGAUGGGGCUCCGGAGAGGCGGUGGAGCCAGGCUGGACACCCCCGGGUCCUGCGCAACAGGUUGCCCCCAGCUUUCCUGCCCGAACUCCGCUUGCUGGCAGAUCACGACACAGCUGAGGGGCCCUCGCCAGCCCCCAGGUUCAGCGAGCUGAUGGAUGGCAGAGGGAGGAUCAGUGCCAGGUUCAGCACAGCGCUGAGCAAAUCCAUCACUGUGAAGAAGCAGCCAGAGGCUCCAGUGAAGCUGGAGAACGUGGAGGUGUCCAGCCAGGGCAGUCAGGCCCUGCAGCUGCGUGAGGCAAAGAGCAAGAGCGAGGGGUGGAACUGCUCCAUGAACCCCUGCAGGAACGGAGGCACCUGCGCCAGAGACGCCGAGUCCUACUACUGCAACUGCCGCCCAGGCUUCAAGGGCCAGCUCUGCGAGCUGGCAGUCUGCAAGAAGGUGCCCCACUCGUGCACACGGCUGUACUCAGAAACCAAGUCAUUCCCUGUGUGGGAAGGAGGCACCUGCCACUACCUGUACAGGAAAGUCUACAAGGUACACCAGGACGUCUGCUACAGGGAGAGCUGCGAGAGCACUGCUUCUGAGAAGCCAACCAGCAGAAAACCAAGCAACAGUCACACACUGAAGAAGCCAUAG